AUGUAUUACUUGCCUAAAAGAUACUUUUCCAAAUAAAUCAAAUUUCAAAUCAAACUCAAAUUUGGUAGGAAAUUAAAUUUUCAAGCUAAAUAAACUGCCCUCCCCAAUAACUUUAAUAUUUACAUGUAAAUCUAUUUGAUUGAUUUUUAAUUAUUUCGUUCAAUAUAUAUAGCUAGCUAGCUAGAUAGAUUGCUUUAAAGUAAUUCAAUCAAUUUCAACAAAAAGAUAAUUACUUUAAUUAGCAAGGCUAUUUUAAAUAUUAAAACAAACACUAUUAUAUUAAAAAUUAAAUAAAUUAUAAUUAAGCAUUAUUUCAUUAAAAAAUAAAUAAAAGACAUUAAAAUGGAUUCAUCUAAUGAAAACACAAGGAGCUCUUCUUGUAAUGAGUAGGAAACUAAUUCAGAACUUUAGUAAAGUGUUAAUGAGAGUUGUACCAGCCUAGAAGAGUAGUAAUUCAGCACUCCUUUUUUAUCCAGCCAAGAAACUGUAUAGGUAGACUAAGCAUUCUAAGAAUCCACUAAAUAGAAUGAAGGAACUUCUUCUUUCUUAAACGAGACCUAAUGCUAUCAAGAUUGUAAGCCCAAUUUAAUUUCUAAAGGAGAGUCAAAUCAACAGUAAUACAAAGAGUAAACUCAAGAAAUUAGUGAGAUUUUAGAAAACCCUUUUGCUUAAAAUACACCAACUGAUUAAUGGAGCAUUGUAGAAGAAAAAGAUGGUAAUAAACAAGCAGAUAGUUUUGAUAUUUUAUAAGACAAAUUGAUUAAAGAGGAAACAUAUAACAUCCCUAGUUGGAAUUAUGAGCCUUAAGAUUUUAAAGCAGAUAUUGACUUUGAAAAAUAUGACAAAGAAAAUCUAGAUCACCUAAAGAAAGUCUACAAGCCUCCAUAAAUUGAAGACGUCGUCGAAAAAGUAGAAUAAGAUGAAAAUGGGCUUAAAAUCUAAACUUUAUCUUAAUUCAAUAUACCUAAAUGCAAUAUACUGAAGCUUGAUAUGAGUUUUCUCUAAACUUGGCAAUCAAAAGAAAUAGUACCAUGCUUUACUAUGUUUUCAGAACCAAAAACUAACAACGGGGAAAGUCUAAAUUGUGAUGAAGAAGAAACUAAUCCUUAGAUUGAUAAGAAAUGGUGCAGAGAUGUUUAAGUUGUCUUUGAAGAAAGAGAUUAGAAUGGUGAGCUUAUUGAUAAAUAUAGAGUUGUCAAAGAAAAAAGAACAGUUAAAUUAUAAGGAGAUAUAUCAGCAAAGUGGUAUAUUUGUCUAGAGCAGAUGAAGCCAAAUGAAACUAAGUGGUUUAAAAUGGAAUAAAAACUUCUUUGGCAGAUUGGACAAAAAAAUUUAGCUUAAUAUGAGUGUAUUUAUCUAAAAAUAUAAAUUGUUGGAGUAAAGGCUCUUGCUCUUUCUGAAAUGAAAGAUAAACUUGAAAAAAAUAACUUACAACCCUAACAGUAAAAUAUAAUCUAUGAGGAUUAUAGUUAAAUAGCUCAGAAAUCAGAAGAGUUUAACAAUGAAGGAAAAAUUCUAUUCUCUAUUAUGAAUUAUGAAAAAGCUGCAAAAUGGUUUAACAAAGCAUUUAGUAUUUGGAGAGGAAUGAGCAAAAAGCUUAGAAAAACUUUAAAUUCUGAAUAGGAAUAGAAUUAUAUUGAUAAGAGUAACUAGUUUGGUGCUAAUUAUGCAUAAUGCCUUAUUAACCUCAAAAAAUAUUAAGAGUGUGUGGAUUUUUACUAAAAAAACAAGCUUUCUUCUAAUAAGAACAUUUAUAAACUUGUAAAAAGUUUAUAUGAAUUACAUAACUAUGAAAAAGCUAUUUAAGUAAUAGAUAAACAGUUUCCUUAAAAUGAUGAAAACUCAGUUGAUAAAUUUAUGAACGGUAAUCAAGAAAGUUUACUUCCAGCUGAAUUCUAAAAGCUUAAAAGUCAGUGUUAAGUAAAGCUAAAAAUGUUAGAAAAUCAAUCAAUAAAUACAUUUUAUAGAAAAUUGUUUUAAUGA